GUUGGCGCUAGCGUAGCGUACUACACGCUUAUGCAUCUAUAUCCUGUCUGUGUCUACUGUACGUAUGUAUGUACUUUGUUAUGGAAAAUAUUGUUAUAAAAAUAAUAGUCGAAUGAGUAAUCCUAUAAUCUGGAGAAGAAUGGACAGCUGUAGAUUAUACAGAGGAUAAAUAAUAUGUUUAAGAAUAUUUUCUUUAUUUGAAAUUUCAAGUCAAUAUAAGUAAAUCAGCUUAAAAAAGCAUAACAUGCACCCUAUCCAAGAAAGUCUAAAAUUGAAACAUGUACCAACAGACAUAUGGAGUAUCCGUGAACAAUUGUGCCUAGCAUCGAGUGUUUUAAAAUCUGGUGACCAAAAUUGGAUUAGCGUGUCUCGAUCUUUGAAAGCUGUUGGAAAUAAAGAUUUAAAUAGAUCAUCCGAUUGGUUUUCGCAAAAAUCUUGUGCUCAACAAUAUACUUGCUUGUUAGAAACUGUUGAUAUUCCCAAAAGAAAAAAGAGAGAAGGUGGAGAAACUACUAGCGAAUCUAUUGUAAGGCGUUUAACUCAAGAUCGAAUUGCUGAAAUAUCUAAGAUACUUUCUACCCAACGUGACGAAUAUCAACAAUUAAAGAAUGAAAUAUGUUUAUUAAAAAAUGGAACUAUUUCUCUCGAAAAAUUACAGAAAAUGUGUUACGCCAUUGAACAAGAACAAAAAGAACUUGCCCAUAAUUUUAAACCUCAAUUGAAUAUAUCGACAAAACAGAUUAACAAUUAUCACGUACCUAUUUUACAGCAAACAUCAAUUCAGAAAGAUGACAAUAAAGUGAGUGAAUUUUCAAUAGUAGAUGAAGAAGUAUCAAAAUUUCGUAAUGACAAUGAUAAUCGAAAGAACAAUGUAGAGCAAUCGUCUCUCUUAACAAGUUUGUUGAAUUCAUCAAAUCAAAUGACUCAACUACAAUUGCAAACUCAAUCACAAAAUACUCCUACCAUAGCAAGCCUUUUAUUCACUAGUCCAAAAGUAUCUCUAUCAGAUAACUUGCAGAAUAUAUCAUCUCAGUUGAAUCAAUCAGUUUGUGAUUCUAUUUCUAAUAACAUGCCAAUCAUUGCUCCAACAUUAUCUAAGUUAUUGGAACAAUCCACAAAUGAGCAAAUAAGUAGAACGCAAGAUAUUCGUCCUUCUUCCAUUGAGUCAAAAAAUUUGAGAAAUGCCACACAUGUGCAAAAUAAACGAACACGAUUGACUAAAUUAGGACAAGAAAAUAAUAUACAAACAGUACAAAAAUCUGAAAGUAUUUUGAGUCAAGAAACAAUACAUAUUGAAACAGAUAAAACUACACCUGUUUCUAUUGAUAACAUUGUACAAGAAACUUCAACAAUGAAUAAAGAUGAAAUUAAUGAAAUUAUUGGUGAUAUAGAAGAAAUUAUUAAAGAAGAAAUAACGAGCGGUCCACAACGUUUCAGCUCAACAUUAAAUAAAAUAGCACCGAUAGUAAGUUCAAAUAUAUUACCUCCCUUAAAAUCCAUAGAACGCACAGAACCUAGAAAUGUUGACGACUCAGCAUCUCUGUCUAAUUCUCCAACAAGUGAAAUAGCUAUUGAAGAGAUAGAUUCUAGCAGUUCUAAUAUUGCAAAAAUAAUAGGAACAGCUGUAGAAACAAUUGAAUAUAAAUUCGGUGCUUUUAAUCCAUGUAGUAUUAAAGAGCAAAGAUCAACGUUCUUAGAUGAUACUGAUAACGACGAUAAAGAAUUAAGUGUUAACUAUGUAGUAUCACAGAAAACCCCAAAUAUUUAUCAAAAUUAUAAAGGUAAUAAAUCCGAUAAUUUAGAAUCUAUAAUAAAAUUAGAAUCUGACGAUUCAAAAAUAUUACAAACGAAUACGAUUCUUAAUAAUGUAAUAACGAACAAGAAUGAAAUCGUAACUGAAAAAUAUUCUCCAGAUAAUUUGCUUAUAAAUCAAGAGAAAAAUUAUGGUUUUGAUUCUGGUAUAAUCAGUAAUAAAGAAUUCAAUAACGAAAUUGAUAACAUAUUAGAAGAAAAUGUUCCCAUACAGCAAACAGAUAAAUUAGGGAAGACUGUAAUAAGUAAAAGACUUUGCUCAGAUAUUGUAGAGGACAAAAACCAAAAACAUGAAAAUAUAUUUGAAAACGACAAUCACUGCCAUGAAAUAAUCUCUGAAAUCAAGAACGAUGAUACUUCUGAUGAUGUUGCUAAAAAAGUAAGGAUUUCAGAUUUAAAAGUUAGUGACUCUUUGAUUCAAGAGUAUCAAAUGCAGGAAAAUUCCAUAAAUUCAAAAGAUAUAUUUAAUAAUCAAAUUGAACUUGAAAAGAAAACACUGUUACCAAAUGACUCAACAAUUUUAAAAAGCUCUUUAAUUAAUGACCAACAAAUAAGCGAAUAUUCACCUUUAAUUGAACCAGCUAAUAUUAAAAUAAAAGAAGAAAUAUUGCAAGAUUCACUAGAUAUAGACGAAGUAAAAGAAAACGAUAAUGCACAAGAUUAUGAAAUUGCUACUUAUGUUAAGAUUGAGCAGAUUGAAAGUGGUAAUGAAAACACAGACAGUGCAUUUAGAAAAGAUAAAUUUUUAUCUAAUAGAAGUAUAGUAAUAAAACAAGAAAAUAUAGAAGCUUCUGAAAUCGCCAAUGAUAUAGAUGAUGAAGAACCUGCUAUAGGAAAAUUACAAGGAGGUAGAGCGAUAAAAACAUACUCUAAAAAACAGAAUGCCACUAUCGAUAGCGAAACCGAAAAUGAAUCCAGCUGGGAAAAUGCUGAUUAUCGAGCAUGGAAAAAAUCAAUAAUGUUAGUAUAUCAUAGACUUUCUACAAAUAAAUAUGCGUCUAUAUUUCUUAGACCGAUAACAGAAGAUCAAGCACCGGGAUACCAUUCAAUUAUAUUCAAACCAAUGGAUUUGUCAACAAUCAAAAAGAAGAUAGAUAAUGGUACUAUAAGAUCAACUUCUCACUUUCAAAGAGACGUGAUGCUCAUGUUCCAGAAUGCAAUAAUGUUCAAUAAGUACAGUACAUUUGUACACAAAAUGACUCUAGAGAUGCAAGAAGAAUGUCUUCAGCAUAUGCAGAUCUUGGUGCAUGCAGCUGGCGAAGCGUCAUUUAAAAGAGAAACGAGAACAGCAACCAAUUCUAGUAAUGACACAAAUGAAAUAAAUUCUAAACGAAAAUGGACUCAUAUAAAUUUUAAUCUUCACGAAAUAGAAAAUCACAAGAACAAAAAAAGAAGAAAAUCUGAAAAUGAAUGAAAUUACUAGUUUCUCCGUAAAUUAAAUUUUCAAUAAAAUGAUAAAAUUGAAAAAGAUACAUUUAUAUAUACAUCAAUUAUUCAUGUGAAUAUGAAAUGUUUUGGCAAGUUGUAUAAAAAUAAUACUUUUUUGUAAAGAAAAUGAAACGACUAAUGAUAUUUUUCAUUUAUUUGUACUAGAAAAUAUUCAAUAUAGUCAAAUUAACUCGAUUCUUAUUAACUUUUGCUCAUGCUAUGUAUGUGAAUGUUAUAUGCGAAUAGUGGCGAGUCUAGCCGAUAAAGUGAGACACAAUUUAUAUUGUAAAUCGGUGGCUACAAUACGAGAGUCGUUUGAAAAGUCCGUGCAAAAAUGAAAACAACUUGAUUUUUUAAAUAAAUAUUUCUUAUUUUUCAACAUAGUCUCCUUUUAAGUUUAUAUACUUCAUCCAACGCUGUUUUAGUUUGUUCAUCUCUUCCAAAUAAUAGGAGUUGUCCAUGUCUGUAAAAUAGGCAUUCGUUCCUGCAAUCAUCUCAUUAGAAUAAAAUCUUUUCUCCGCUAGCCAUUUUUUUAUAUUAAGGAACAAGUGUCCGACGGAGCCAAAUCUGGAGAAUAAGGGUGAUGUAAAACAGAUCGAAACUUUAUUUCCAUCAGUUUUGCGGUCACAACUGUUGAAAUGUAAGCUAGUGCGUUGUCGUGAUGGAAAAGGACUUUUUUUGUGGGACAAUCGUGGACGUUUUUCUUGUAAUUCGGUUUUCAAACGAUCUAAUAACGAUGAAUAAUAUUCACCUGUCAUGGUUUUACCCUUUUUUAGAUAGUCGAUGAAGAUUAUUCUUUAUGAAUUCUAAAAGACAGUCGCCAUAACCUUCCCGGUCGAAGGAAUGGUUUUUGCCUUUUUGGUGCAGAUUCACCCUUGGUAACAUAUUGUUUAGACUGUUCUUUGGUCUCAGGAGUGGAGUGAUAUUUCAUUUACAAUUACAAAGCGAUGUUUAAAGUACCGUGGAUUUCACUAGAACAGCUGCAAACCGUACUUGCAAGACUUCACACAAUCUCGUUUUUGGUCAAUCGUAAGCAAUCCUGAUACCCACCUAGCGUAUAGCUUUUUCAUGUCCAAAUGUUGGUGCAAAAUAUUAUGUGCUCGUUUGCUCGAGAUAACAUUUACAACACAAGCAAUUUUAUACACCUUCACUCUUCUGCCAGUCAUCACCAUAUCAUGGAUUUUAUCAAUGAGUUCUGGAAUGGUGACCUCGACAGGGCAUUCAGAACGUUCAGCGUCUUUUGAGCUCAUAUGGCCACUCUGAGAAUUUAAAAACCACUUAUAUACCAUUUUUGUCGUAGGUUCACAAUUACCAUAGUGUUUAUCAAGCUUCUGUUCAGUUUCCUGAGACGUUUUACUUUUAAUAAAGUUAUGUUUAAUCAAAACACGAAAUUCUUUUUCGUUUAUAUUUUUAAAAUCAUUCGAUUGCUUUGAUUCAAACGAGUGUGAAACAAAAAGUAAUAGAACGAUUUGGCUGAAAUUUGGUGUGUGCUCUUCCAAGAUGUGCUACUAACUGAAAAUAACAUUGAUAAGCACCAGUAUCACCAUCUCUCUGACUUUGCACAGACUUUUCAAACGACCUUCGUACAACUGAUGUCUUUAAUGAAAUCAAUAAA